GGCGCUGUACGUAGGGGAAGAGCAGACAGAGCGUUUUGUUUUCGAAAAUAAGUGAAAGAAGCAACUGAAGAAAAUUAUAUCAUUAUUAGUAAAUAUACCUAGAAUAUUAUAAAAUGGUGACUGUAAUUCAGCCUUAUAUGGAUGUAGAAAGCAGCAGGACCUAUGUAGAUCAACUCUUCUCUCCAGAUCCACAGAAAUGUGUAGAUGCUGUGAUUCAGCUCAAAAAUUCUGUCAUUGGAAGCAACCGUCAAAAAGGAGCCGUUAUACAGAUGGGAGUGGUACCAAGGCUCUUACAGAUGUUAACAGAUGAAUCCUCGAGCAAUGAGCUGUUAGUGGAAACUGCUGUAACACUAGGUAGUCUAGCUAAAGGAACAGAUGAUCAUGUGAAGUCCUUAAUAGAUGCUGGCAUCCUUCCUGUUAUGUUGCAGGCACUAGGUCAUUGUGACAGUAAGUAUGUGGAGGCUUGCCUUCGGUGUCUGCGAACAGUUUUCAUGUGUUCUGUUGCUCCAACAGACAUUUUGUACAGUGAUCAAUUUAUCAUACCUCAUCUUAUUAACAUGGCAUCUCAACCAAACUAUUCAGUUCAGGAAUGUGUAUCCACUAUACUUACGAAUGCUUGUAAGACUGUUGAGCAUCAGAACCUCCAGUGCAAUCAUGGAGCUGUGGAGAUGCUAGCUGGACUUUUGUGUUCUCCAGCAUACAGGGUUCAACUACCGAGUUUGAGGUGCAUGGCCCAAAUGUGUUACCAAAAUCCUAAGGUAGCAGCUGUUAUAUGCACAGCAAGCUUUGGUGGCAAGUCUGUACCUGACCAGUUAGUAACCUUGAUGGGCAGAGACAAAACAACAGAGAUGCAGCUGGCUUCUGCUAAAUGCAUGACCUACCUUUGUCGAGCAGGAGCUGUCACUGCUGAAGAUUCCAGAAUCGUAUACAAGACUCUUCCGACACUGGUCAGGAUGUGCAAGAAGACAAUGACACCAGAAGAACGGGCAGAAGGAGCAGACACUUUAGCUUACCUAACAGAAGUGAACAUGGAACUCCAGCGAGUUGCCAGCAUCAGUGAUCAUCUGAUUCCAACACUGGCUGAAUUCCUCAAGUUUCAACAUCCUUCUUCAGGAGCAUUUUCUACCGGAACAGUUUUGGCUAAUACCAUGAAAAAAAUUGGGCAAGAGUUGAGAAUGUCGCAAGAGUUGAAACAAAGUGCUUUCAAAGCUUUUGCAUCUCUAGGUGCCAAUGAUGAAGACAUUCGGAAGAAAAUUAUUGAAACUGAUUCUCUAAUGGAACAUUUGGUUAGUGGACUGUCUGAUGCAAAUUCUCAAGUCAGCUUGGCAGCUGUUCGAUGUCUUCAUAGUCUUUCCCGUUCUGUUCAACAGCUUAGGACAACCUUCAAGGAUCAUGCUGUAUGGCACCCCCUGAUGAAACUUCUUCAGAAUGCAUCUGAUGACAUUCUUACUGUAGCCUCAAGUACACUCUGUAACCUUCUGUUGGAGUUUUCUCCCAGCAAAGAGAGAAUUCUGGAGUGUGGAGCAGUGGAGUUAUUGUGUAACCUCACCAGAAGGGAAGAUCCAGCUCUUCAACUAAAUGGUGUUUGGGCUCUUAUGAACAUGGCUUUUCAGGCAGAGGAGAAAAUCAAAUCUCAGAUUCUGGCAACUUUAGGCACUGAUCAGAUUUUCUGUCUGCUCUCAGAAUCAGAUGUCAACAUUCUCAUGAAAACUCUUGGUCUACUUAGAAACCUUCUUUCAACAAAACCUCAUAUUGACCACAUCAUGGGAUUUCAUGGGAAGCAGAUCAUGCAAGCUGUCAUUAUGAUUCUGGAGGGAGACCAUAAAGCUGACAUUAAAGAGCAAGCUCUGUGCAUCCUUGCCAACAUUGCUGAUGGAGACACUGCCAAGGAUUUUAUCAUGUCUAAUGAAGAUGUGCUCAAGGAGUUGACAAGUUACAUGAAACAUUCCAAUGUGAAGCUGCAAAUUGCUGCAACUUUCUGUGUGUCUAAUCUCAUCUGGAGUGAAGAAGAUGGUGCUCUAGAAAGACAAGCCAAACUUAGGGAAAUGGGGUUUCAGAAACUACUGCAACAACUGCUCACUACAAAAGACACAACACUUUUUGACAAGGUCAAAACAGCUCUUCAACAGUUCACUUGAACUAAUAGUACAAACCAAAAGCUUUCAAAGGAAUUCUCAAAUUUUCUUUUUUAUAACAUAGAUGUCUUGAUUAAUUUAUCAUCUCCUGUGCAGGGUUGUUCUUGAGAUUUUUUAUAAAACUUAACUUUCUUUGUAAUUCUGAACAUAUAAUUGAAUUUGAACAUAUCAGUGUUUUAAUUGGUAAUAAAAUAUUAAGAAAGAUAUUCAUGAUAAUUUUCUAAGCUUUAAACAUUUUGUAUUAAUUUUCUAGUGUUAAGAUUUAACAUCAUAGAUGUUUUGUCAUCUGCUUUACGAGUUGUGUAUCACUUCUUGCUUUAACAAACCAGUUGUAUGUUUCAGUAAACAUUUGUUGUGCACACUAAUUUUAGACAAAGUAUUUUCCUCUUUUAAUUUGAAUUGUUUCUUACAAAUCACGAAUGUUCUUAUCAGUUAGUGACUGUACAAUAACAGUCUCUAUCAGUUUGUACUAAAGUUAGAGAUCCCAAUUUGGAACAGAAGUAUUCACUCUUAUUUGAAUGCAGUCUUUGUACAUUUUCCACUUUAUUACUGUAGUUUAUUUUAGCUCAUACCAUAAAAGUUUAAAAAGCAACAUCAAUUAAAUUCUUGUUAGUUUCUUUUCUACUUCUUAGUUUUAUACACUAUGGAGAAACUUAAUUCUGUUUGUUACAUAUAUGAAUGUGCUGAUUAUAAUGAUCUUUACUCCUGACGACAGAAAUUUGAUUUUACUUCUUCAAUGAAAUCUUUAAUAGGCUCUCUUCCAUGGUAUCAUUUUUUUCUAAUGAACAGUAAUUUCUGAUUAAAGCAAGCUACUUACAUAGAUCGGGACUAAGACAUUGAAAGUUCUGUUAUUUUGUGAUAGAUGGUAAAUGUUCUGAUAACACCUUCCAAAAGAUAUAACUUUUACUUUGAUAUCUUCUGGAAGAUUGUAUCAGUUGAUUAAUGUAAAAAUUCUAUUAACUUGUGACAUGUGGUAUCAGUUCUUUAAGGCAAAAGUUCUAAUAUCUUCUGGCAGAUGGUACCAACUGUUCAAUGCAAAAAUUAUAUUAACUUAUGGCAAAUGAUAUCAGUUCUUUAAGGUAAAAAGUUUGAUUUCUUGUGGCAGGUGGUAAUUAUUCUUAAGAUAUAAGUUCUUUUACAAUGCUGCAAGAUUUUAAUGCUCAUAAUUUUGCCACUCAUUGUACAGCAUCAUGGAAACCUUGGAGGCCAUUAAUAUUCAUGAGCGUAGCAUUAGAGCACUUUGAAAAGUUUUUUUAGAUGUUUGAUAUAAGGCUAGUUAAAUCUUAGAUUAUUAAUCCAUGCUCAUGACAUUUCUAACCUCAAUGACCCAUUGUGAAACAGUCUUAAUUCAAAUUAAAAGUGCAAGUUAAACUGUUUACUGUAACCUUCCAGACAUUGAGAACCAACAUUAGCCUAAUGAUUUACAUAGAAUUCACAGGUUAAACUGUUUACUGGUAUACCAGUGAUAUUCCCAUACAAUCACCAGGAUUGUGAAGCUCAACCGUGACUUCCUGAAGUUGGUAUUCUGUCUUUAAUAUGUUAAUUGAGUUUAUAAAAGGCCAGAAAUUUGGUCUCUGUGAAAGAUAGACCAAAACAUCUUUUGAUUAACAGAAAGUAGAACUGGGUCUAACAGAACUGUAUCAAUUAAAAGGUAAUACUGUAACUCUUACAAUAAUUUUAAUACUUCUAUCUGGUUAGUGCAUUUUGUGAGACACUGUGAAACCAGAUAAACAAUAUUAAAGCCAACUGUUGAUUUCCUGCCCCAAAAUCAAAGUUUUUUUUUAUAGUAUGAAUUCAUUUUGCAAGACUUUUUUUUUUUUUUUUAGUUUUAGGUAGAGGUUCCAAGAAUGAUGACAAUAUUUUUCCGGGUUUUGCAUUUUAAACUACAAUAAUAACAUCUAAUAUGGAAACUUGGUGACUG